UGUCAUAAAAUUUUAUGAAAUUUAACUUUUGCAAAUAAUGGCGGUAAAGCCUACAACGUGUAAGGAAGCCAUUGCUCGAUGGGAGAAGAAAACUGGUGAAAAUGCGACUGAAGCGAAAGUGCUAGAGUUCCAGUUCCAAUGGCCACCUAUUGAAAAAAUGGAUGGUGCUCUAUCAACCCUUGUAGCUUGCGAAAAGUUAAGUCUCUCAUCCAACAUGAUCGAUAAAAUAGUCGGGAUCGCUGGAAUGAGAAGCUUAAAGAUUCUAUCCUUGGGCAGGAACUAUAUUAAAUCCUUAGCGGGAAUCGAAACUGUUUCUGAAACUCUUGAAGAAUUAUGGAUUAGUUAUAACCAGAUAGAUAAGCUUAAAGGUAUCGGAGUUAUGAAGGUUUUGAGAGUGCUAUAUAUAUCCAAUAACGUGGUGAAGGAGUGGGCUGAAUUUAAUAGAUUACAGGAAUGCCCAUCUCUAAGAGACGUGACGUUCAUCGGAAACCCAAUAUGUGAUAACCAACCGGACGUGGAAACGUGGCGCACACAGGCUUCCAAUCGUCUCCAACAAAUUACAAAACUUGAUGGAAUUCCUAUUGUUAGAGAUACUGAUUAGGCCAUAAUG